GUGAAGAGCGGAAGACGAGCUUGAAGCGGAUCUAAAGAGGGGCGACCAAGGCGCUGACCUGAAGACCAGAUUCUAGGCCUGGCACGGAUGUUGCACGCUUGCAGUGCGGGUCGAGAGGGCGAAGCGGGCUGAACGCUUGGUGGCGACGACAGGUGUUACCGCCUACGCCUCAAAUCGCCAACAAGCGAAGCGCUCUGCGCGAAAGACGUCACUGCUUGGCGAUUGAGUAGAGACGGCUGGCUGAGGGGUUAGAAGGCGCAGCGCCGAAUGAAGCCUUGUAAUUGUGGUCGCAAGGCGAGUUGUGUAUCGAUAGCUCAGUGAGAUGGCUGAGGCUUCGCAGUUGGUGCGCCUGAGCUCGGGCCGGGGAGUGAGAGCAGCACAAUGCCUCAACAGGAGACCCCUUCAACAAAUGCGCUUCGCGGUGACUGAAUGGUAUCAAGCAGGUCACAGGUACUCAAGGGAGACGCGGCGGCAUGCGACGAAAGAGGAGAGGAAACGCGUGGAUCUGAGUGAGGUACGCAGGGUACUCUACACGCAGCGCGGAGGGGAGAAUCUUGCGCGCGACAGUCGUGAACGGUCCACCCACCUGCUCAGCGUCGAGAGCUUUCUGAUCAAACGUCAAGACGACCUCUUCGACGAGAUGGCGCCGACGCUCACGAGUGAUGAUGGCUAUGCGGCCAACAGAGUCUGCCGCUGGUACCCAACCGUGGCUGCGAUGAGGCGCGUAUACGGACACUGCUUUGUGAGACCUGCCGCCACGCGUUCAUUAAAGCUCGUAGUUGGCGAGUUUGACGAAGGAAAAAAAAAGAAGAGGAACCAAUGCGGAGCUGGGGUGCGCGGCGCACGCUGUUGAUGCCUCGCAAAACAAGAAGCGUCAGAGUGAAUGCCGCGUAUAUUGCGAGAGCGCCACCUUGAUUGUCGAUGUUGCGCCAUGCAGCAACGCAAGAGCAGCGAAGCACGCGGCUACCAAAUCUGAACGCUCGAUCUGCCAUUCGCCCCGAGCAGUCUGCGCAUACCUUUCCGGCACAAAGGUGGCGACCCUAUGGCGUCGAAGCGCAGCUUUCUCAUAUAAGUCUAGCUGAUACUCAUGGCGCGCUGAAAAGUUGCUUGAAGCCUUUCUGCGCCCCGCGGGGGGAAACACAUCCUACUGCGAAUGUCCCAGUGAUACAGGUGUCAUAGCUGCGCCGCUUCACCUGGAUCAGGAGUAGUAAUUAGUAGUGCUAUUAUACCUGCACGUCCUUUGCUGGCCAGAGUCAUGCGUGACCGACGCAUCUGCCAUAUUCAUGGACGAACCAUGGCUGUGCCAAUUGAUUC